ACCAUACUGGACUGCAUCUCUCUCUGGUGCGCGUGUAAAACCUUCUCAGUAUCAGAGUGUGUUUGCAUGCCGACAUGGAUUUCAACUUAACGCACUCCGGACGCGAGACGCACGCGCACCGCCCCGGCGCAUUGGUGCAGACACUUUUAGGAAAUCAGUCUUUCUUCUCCAACAUCACCGCCUAUCUCGACCCGGAAGAGAGGGAGGACUUGGAAGUGAACACGGACGUGUAUUCUAAAGUGAUCGUGACCAUCAUCUACUUGUUUCUGUUCGCCGUGGGUUCGCUGGGCAACUCCAUCACUUUGUACACUCUCCUAAGCAAAAAGAGUCUGCAGAACUUGCAGAGCACCGUCCACUACCACCUGGCCAGCCUGGCCGUGUCUGACCUGUUCAUCCUCGUCCUCUCCAUGCCCAUUGAGCUGUACAACUUCAUCUGGUUUCACCAUCCGUGGGUGUUCGGGGACGCGGUGUGCCGUGGCUACUAUUACCUGCGGGACAGUUGCUCGUACGCCACCUCCUUCAACAUCGCCUCGUUGAGCGUGGAACGCUACAUGGCCAUCUGUCACCCGUUCAAAGCCAAGAGCAUCAUGUCCCGUAGCCGCACCAAGAAGCUGAUCAGCGGCAUGUGGCUCGCCUCCUUCGCGUUGGCCACGCCGAUGCUCUUCAUCAUGGGCCAGGAGGCGCGCCAGGGUGAGAACAUCUGCACCGCCACCGUGGCACCUGUCACCAUGAAGACGGUACUCCAGGUGAAUGCCUUCUUGUCCUUUGUGGUACCCAUGGUGGCCAUUUCGGCACUCAACGGAGUCAUUGCCAAUCAACUGUUGCGGAUGUUCCACGAAGCCGAGCAAGACAACCGCGUCUGCAUCAUCGGCGGCAAUCCCACCAUGCUCAAUGUCUCGGUGGAACCCAAUCGGGCUCAGUCGCUUCGCCAUGGAGUUCUCGUGCUUCGAGCGGUGGUCAUAGCGUUUGUGGUCUGCUGGCUACCUUAUCACGCCCGUCGCCUCAUGUUCUGCUAUGUUUCUGACUGGUCCGAUAACCUGUAUGACUUCUACCACUACUUCUACAUGCUGACCAACGUCCUCUUCUACGUCAGCUCUGCCAUCAACCCCGUCCUCUACAAUUUGGUUUCGGCUCCCUUCCGCCAGAUUUUCCUCUCCACGCUGCGCCACUUGUGCAUGCCGUGUCGUCACUCCCCCAGGAGGCGCUCUGGCCCUAUGACCCGCCACUCUCUCAGCAUCUCCAGCAACCACACCCUCUCCACCAACGUUAUUAAGGAGACUGCCUAUUGAUUCCGUUGGACCAUGCUGGAAUACACAAAGCAGCACCAUUACCAUUACUAGUCCAUCUCUGUCAUGGAUUCGGACACAUUCCAGAACUCGAACCCUCAUUGUGAAAAAUUGUGAAAUAAACCUCUGAUGGCUUUUCUGUUGCUAACAACUGAACAAGAAUUUUAGCAGUGAAACUAAUGCUAACACACUAUUGAAGAUGUAGUGGCUGGUCCACUUGUCAUAAAAACGAUCAAGGAGUUGGAACAACAGAGGUGUCCCCUCCUGCCCAUCCCAUCAAAAAGCCAGCACACCAUCUACACAGUACAUGUUGUACUGUACAUGACAUUUGCUCCUCAUUGUAUUGUAGUAGCUGAAACCUCCCCACUUAAUUUAAAAUAAAGAGACUCACACCCAAUGGUGAGUUGGUUGAGAAACUUACAAAAAAUAAAACACUAGCAUAGUUCUAGACAAUUUAGGAUCAGCCAUUUUUUUAAACAAACGUGAUUUGUUGUGUUAACAAAAAUAUCUUAUGACUUGAUUUGUCCUGCUCAAUAGUCACCAGUAUUUUUUUCAUAUUUAGUCAUAUUAUUUGCUGUUUGACACAGCCCUGUUGCAGAUACUCAAGCUCCUGAAUAUCAAAUUUCAAGCAUGAAUACAGCCUUUGUCGAUUUAAUAAAGUAACUUUAUUCUAAGUAAUAAUUUGUAUUUCUCUAUUCACAGUAGCAAUUACCAGGUUUGAAAAUCACUCCUAAUGAGCACGAGCUAGCUGUGGUAGCUGCUAAUUGAUGAAAAUCUUAACUAUUUGAUAAAAUGCAAAAAAGAAAUCUAUAUGUCUUUAUGUCUCAACAGUAUGUCUCCAGACAAUAUGAGUAAAAUAACAAAAGAAAAUUCCCUUCAAUUUUGCAUCUCAAAGUAGCUCAUACAGCAACACCCUGUAUACAUUCACUGAUUUAAACAAGCGUAAACUCAUUGCUCACUCAGCAUGUAGACACAAACAGGAAGACAACAAAUGAGUUGUUAAGAAAAAAAAAUUCCACUCCUUGCUUUACACAUUUUUUUUUAACUGUGGUGCCCAUCAAAUCCAAAUGAGUCAUCUUUUGGAAGCAAAGAAGUGUUACUGUAUGUACAGAACACAUAACUGAGAUCUACAUAUGUUAUGACGUUACCCUUUGUGAGAGGAAAGGAAAAAAAAGAAUUCUGUAAAUGUGCAAUUAAUGAAAUGUAAAGAAACAUUUGUAUUGUUAAAUCAUGCAGACUUGUUUGUUGCUGUUAGGUGUAAAUCUUUGUCGAGUUUAGACCAAGUCCGACCUUUAAUGGGGUUCCGUAGGUAAAUGUUUGUUCCUGUUCUGGCUCUAACUCCAUACUGAAUCAAAAGUGCAAUUUCCUGUUGUUGCCUCUAUUGCCUUUGUCAAGAACGUUGUUGUGUGCUGAAACAAUUGAUUAAGUUGAAUGUAUUCACUGAUGUCUCUCUGCAAUUUAUGUUUUGUUAUUGUGUUUUUUAUUAAUAUGGAUAGACACAAAAUGGCCAUUUCAUUUAAAAGGCUAUUCCAAAAAGGCUGUUCACUCAAAUCUGAGUAAACUGAAGAUGUUUUUCACCAAAGCAUGUCUGGGUUUAUAUUGUAAAAUGUUUUACUGAUGGCAAGAAGCACUAUAUGUGGUCUGUAAUUCUAUUCAUUUAGAAAUCUUUAUUUUAGAAUGCCUUAACGUUACUGUGAUUACCUCCACCCUGAAAUAAAUCAUAUAUUUCAGUAGUGAGGCGUGCACUUUUAUUCACAGACCUAAAAAUCCAACUUAUCCCAGCGCUUAAUACAAA